AAAAAUCCGGACUGAUCAGUUGUUCCAGAGUAGCUUUUCCCGGAGUAAAUCCAAAUCUGGGAGCUCGGCAGCAGUGGCUGGAGUCCCGGGGAUUGGGAAAACAACAAUGAUACAAAAGAUUGUUUAUGACUGGGCCACGGGGAAAAUAUACCAACAGUUCCAGUUUGUAUUCAGUUUCAAAUUCCGGGAUUUAAACACCAUUAACUGCAGAAUAAACCUGAAGGAACUGAUUCUGGAUCAGUAUCCUUACUUUGGGAAUAUCCUGAGAGAGGUCUGGAAGAACCCAGAGGGAUUGCUGUUUAUAUUCGAUGGUUUGGAUACAUUCAAUGACAGAAUUGAUUUUUCUGACAGUCGCAGAGACACAGAAACUCAGUCCACAUGCACAGAUCCUGAAUUCAAGUGCAAGGUGUCUGACAUUGUGUACAGUUUAAUCCAGGGCAAGCUGCUCCCAGGGUGUUCAGUGCUGGUGACCACCCGUCCCGCUGCGUUACAUUUAUUGAAAAAGGCUCGGAUUAGUGUCUGGGCCGAAAUUCUCGGAUUUGUUAGUGAGGAACGGAAGGAAUAUUUCAUCAGGUAUUUUGAAGAACAUACGAUGGCAGCAGCUGUUAUCAAACACGUGGAAGAGAACGAGAUCCUGUACACCAUGAGCUACAACCCCUCCUACUGCUGGAUCCUUGCUCUGGCACUGGGCCCCUUCUUCACACAAAGAGUCAGGGACCCGCAGCGAGUACCCAAGACCAUCACCCAACUGUACUCCUACUAUAUUUACAACAUCCUGAAAAACCACGGCCGUGAGAUUGAGAACUCCCGCGAUGUGUUUCUCAGGGUUGGUCAGAUGGCCUUCAGAGGAGUGUCCGAGAAGAAGAUUGUGUUUACAGAUGGAGAUUUGAUCAAGUACAAUCUGCAGUCUUCCCAGUUCCUGUCCGGGUUCCUGAUGGAGCUUUUGGAGAGAGAGGAUUCUGCCCGGGGCAUAGUGUACACAUUCCCACACCUCACCAUCCAAGAGUUUGUAGCUGCAGUCGCACAAUUCCUGAAUCCACAUCCCGGGGAUAUCCUGAUAUUCCUUACUGAAGCCCACAACACGACAGAUGGGCGAUUUGAAGUAUUUCUCCGUUUUGUUGCUGGUCUUUCCUCCCCAAUGAUAGCUCGGGGCCUGGAGGAGUUUCUGGGUCCAUUGACUCAUGAAACAACCUGCCGGGUGAUUGACUGGGUGAAGGAGGAGGUUAAACGCCAGAGUGGAAACACGAGGAGUGAAUCUGGUAAAAGGAGCCUCCUGAACAUAUUGCACUACCUGUUUGAGUCUCAGAAUCGUGGACUGGCUCAGGCCGCACUGCGAUCUGUGGAAACACUUUCAUUCAGUGGAAUCACACUAACCCCGAUUGACUGCGCGGUCCUGUCUCAUGUCAUCGGACUCUGUGAUACAAUAAAAUACCUCAACCUAGAGUACUGCCACAUUCAGUGUGAAGGAACCCAGCGGCUGGGACCCGGGUUGUACAAGUGCCGGGAGUUGAGACUUGGGGGGAAUCAGCUGGGAGAUUCAGGACUGAAACUGGUGUCUGCGGCUCUGAGGAACCCCGAGUGUAAAAUACAGAAACUGCGGCUGGACAAUGUCGGUCUCACAGAUUCUGGUGCCGAGGAACUCGCCUCAGCUCUCAGUACAAACCCAUCACUGUCGGAGCUGGACCUGAGUUUUAAUAAACUGGGAGAUUCAGGAGUGAAACUGGUGUCUGUGGCUCUGAGGAAUCCGGAGUGUAAAAUACAGACACUGUGGCUGACCCAUGUCGGUCUCACCGAUACGAGUGCCAAGGAUCUCGCCUCCGCUCUCAGUACAAUACCAUCACUGACGGAGCUGUACCUUAGUGAUAAUAAACUGGGAGAUUCAGGAGUGAAACUGGUGUCUAUGGCUCUGAGGAACCCGGAGUGUAAAAUACAGGCUCUGCGUCUGGGGAGUGUCGGUCUCACAGAUUCUGGUGUCGAGGAUCUCGUCUCCGCUCUCAGUACAAAACCAUCACUGACGUGGCUGAACUUGGGAUCAAACUCGCUGACAGACCGAUCUGUCCCCGCUCUCCGCCACCUCAUACUGACCCUCCCGAGUCUGGAGUGGAUCGGGCUGCACUGGAAUCGGUUCAGUGAGGCCGAGGGGAAUAAACUGAGAUCUUUGCAGGGACUCAGACCCGGACUGAUAGUAGUGGAUCUGUGAACAUCUGGCCUUUAACCUUUAUCUUACCUGGAACCCAGACCCGGACUGAUGGUGGAUCUGUGAUCCUGUGAACAUCUGAAUGUGUGAACAUCCCCGCUCGCGGGAUGGGGACAUUUUGACAGAUUCCACACCCUCCAUUUUAACUCCCGCCGUUACAUUUAAUGGCCGUGAUCCAGGUGUGAUUCCCAACGGUUUUAACGGAACUGGCUCCAGUCUCGCGCUGUGUGUUGUUCGUUGUGAUCCUGCACUGACGUAUAUCUCCUCCGGUCCAGCACCAGCUUCCGCCGGAUGUGCGGGUUCAAGACUCCCCCACGCGAGACCCCGGGGUAUUACACAGGCAGGAAGAACCCGGGGGCGGGGCUUAGUCUGGGACACCGGUAUCCCGGGGUGGGAUUAUCCCCGGAGAGAAUCCUUUUGCUCCCUUUGCUGAGGACGGUGCAUUCUGCAUCCUGGCCGAUAUAAUGAUGUUAAAUGGACAAAUCCCUCGGCAGUGACCCUGGAUCUGCAGCGAUCCCGGACACGGCCCUGAAGUGUGAUUUGAUAAUCAUCGGUUCCCCGAUGCAGAGUGACGGUGAGAAACGGGACUGAUUAUUCAAACUGUCACUCCUUGUCGCCGGUCAGUUAAUUGUGUGUGACUGUGAGUGAGUCGGGAGCAGCUUAUUUAUUCCCGCACGUCAGCAGCUCACUCGUUGUUUAAUUUAUAUUUGUCAUGAUGAAAUCAAUAAACCGCUGUAACUUUC